GUGUGAGCGUAGGAAGCAAAGAACAGCCUCUAAACGCAAUAGUCGUACUUUUGUCUUCGGUGCAUUUCGCGUCGCGGCUAUCACACAGCUUGUCAUCACAAUAUUCAAUACAAAGAAAAGUCAUUCGGUGUGUAACUGUGUGCAGGCAUAGCAUAACAAUGUAGACAUUGCGAUCAAAGCAAAGUAAAGUAAAGCAUAACUUACGCUGACAAAGUUGUGUUGUGAUUUUUGUCAUAAACAUAAAAAUAUUGUGAUUUUGAACGUGGUACGAAUCAAACGUAAUUGUUUUUUUUUCUCUUCAAUACAUAAAGUUCAAAUCAACUGCCGACAAUGAGUACAAUCGCCGAAAAUGGUUACAAUAGUCUCAUUUAUCGAGUUGCCGUCGCAAGUGAUCGUGAUAAUGUUUUAGAUUUUAUCCGAAAGCAUUAUUACCCGGAAGAAGCGAUAACCAUUGGAAAUGCUCCUUUCAAACAGGAUAGUGCCGAUGAAGAAUUUUCAGUGUCUGUGAUUCCAUAUGGAGCUUCAAUAAUAGCUGUUGAUCCCGUGGAAAAUGAUAAGAUUGUUGGUGCCAUUUUGGCGGGACCAAUUGAACCAGGCGAAGCGGAUCUCAUGGUGGAUGAGUCAAAGCGUUGUGAAAGUGAAAAUAAAAAAUGGUCGGAAAUUUUACUGUUACUAGCACAUUUAGAGGAAAAUGCGAAUAUUUAUGAACGAUACAAAAUAAAUAAAGCGCUUCACAUCCACGUACUUGGCGUCGAUAGUGCGUAUAGAGGGAAAUCCAUCGGUGUGAACUUGAUGCAAAAGUGUUUCGAUGCUGGCAAAUCGUUGGGCUAUCCUCUGGUGACGGUGGAUUGUACAAGCAUUUUCUCUCAGCGAAUAGCUGAAAAACUUCAAAUGGAAAAUAUUUACACGCUGGCAUUUAACGAUUACAAAGAUAGCAAUGGACGACAAGUGUUCAAUCCACCUCUCCCAAACACGCACAUCAAAACAUUCACGAAAACUCUGUAAACUUUCCCAGCAAUUCAUAUAAUUGAGUAGCUUGCUCAAAACCUAAGCAUACUAAAGUUGGUGAUGGCACGAUUAAAAUAUUUGGGGCCAACCUAAUGUAUAUCGAUACUCUGUAUUCAUUAAAUAUAUAUUUUUUUAACAGUUAUUUUAUUUUAUUUUUAUUUGUUUAUAAUGGUAAAAAAAACAGGAUAAAUCCCAAUUACAUUUUUCACCUAGUCUUCACCUAUUCUUCUUGAACAACAUGCUUUUGUAAUAAAAUUGCAUAAAUUGAAACUUGACACUAUUUC